AUGUCACACAAUUGGAAUUCAACAAAUAACGUGACACCAGAUGUUGAUGAUUUUAUUAUUGCAGAUGAUGAUAAUACAGGUAAUACUAGGUCACUGAAUGCCAACAACACUUCCUCAACAUCACCAUUUUCAGCAUUCAAUUUUGUUCCUAAAGUUGAUUUAUCUACAGCAUUUGGACCAUUUUCCGGGUUUGCUGGAGGUAGCGGUGAUUCUGCAUUACCAUCCAAUGUCAAAAUAAAAGAAAGACAAUAUACUGGUGGUGAUACAUUAGAUGAACCAGUUUGGGAAACACUAAAGAGAGAUUUAUUACAAAUUGGGAAAAGAUUAGCUAUUGUUGUAUGGCCAAUGCAAUUGGCAAAUUUAGCUAAACAACAACAAUCGAGGUUUUUAACUUUUGCACAAUCUAAUGGAAUUAGUAUUCCUGAAUCUUUAGGUAAUGUGAUGUCUGUAAACCAGGGAGAGGAAGAGGAGGAAGAAACAGGAAUUUCAAGUAAUCAAUUGAUUAAUCAAGAUAAUUUGGAUUGGGAUCUUUGGGGACCACUUAUAUUCUCCUUGGUUUUUUCGAUUGUAUUGGCGUUUACAAACAAAAAACAAACUACUGAAGUAUUUAGUGGCUCAUUUGCAUUCAUUUGGAUUUUUUAUUUUGUCAUUGGAUUAAACGUUCAAUUAUUAGGGGGUACUAUUUCAUUUUUGUCAGCUAUUAGCGCUAUCGGUUAUUCAAUGUUCCCAAUUGUUGUUGGGGAGUUGAUAAGUACGUUGGUAAUUAAAUGGAGAUGGUUGAGAAUUAUAGUCAUGAUCGUGUUGGAUGCUUGGAGUAUAUUUGCUGGUGUAAUGAGUGUAAAAUGUUCGGGUGUAUUUCCAGGUAGAGUUUUGUUGGCCAUGUAUCCGGUUGCUCUUUUCUACUCAGUCCUUAGUUGGUUAGUUAUUAUCUCAUAG